AUGAGAGAGGAUUGGUUGGUCUAUAAUUGCUCCUCCUCUACGCCACUACACCAUUCAACUCACAUGGAUCCUCCGAAGUUCGUCAAUCACUACAGAACUCUAAUCCGAGGACUGCGGAUAAGCGGCCUGCCAACCCCCUGGAUCAGGAAGCCUUCCGUCCUUCUGAGGCUCCCCUACCUCUUCUACGACUUGUUGAUGAUCUCCAUCGUCCUCUACAUGCUCUGGUGUUACCUCUACACCAUCCAGGGCAAAUUAGCAUUCGAUGAGCUGUGUGCACUAGGAGUGGGGAUAUCAUUGUUCACUUGUGGGCUCCUGGUGACCUACUACCACUCUCUUUAUGGGCGAAGACUCCAGAGGAUCACUGAGAACACGGACCGCCUAGCUGCUGCGCUCCUGAGAAGCGGAUUGGACAGUAGUCACUGCCUCCAGCAGCUGUACCGGAAGAACUCCUCAGCGAUUGCUGUCCUCACCAACAACACCAUCGUGUUCAGCUUCUUCUGCCCAGUUCUCUACUGCCUGUCGGUCCCCGUCGUGGACAGCAUAGCGGGCAGGUACCGUUGCAGGCAGCCCCUCCCCAUCACCAGCCCCUUCGACGACAAGAGGGCGGGGCUGUACGAGCUGAUCGCCCUGGUCCUCGCCAUCAGCAACGCCAUAUCGUGUGCCAAGAAAGGUGUUAACGAUUGUCUAUUCUUAGCGCUUUUCAGAAUCCAGUCGUCCUUUCUCCAAUUCCUCUCUACCUCGCUGGAAAACUUACAGAAAGAAUUCCUAGUCGGAGGUGACGAUUGGAACAGAAAGAUACUCAUUCGGUGGGUUGCACUCCACCAGGAAGUUCUCAGAAAUAUACAAGAGUUGGUGAUGAUAUUUUCUCCAGUGGUCAUCAUAUAUUAUCUCAAUGUUAUCGGAAUAGUCGUAUGUGGUCUCUUUACUCAAACAAUGAAUGACAAUGGUAAUGUAAUGCAGUCAAUCGGAGUUGGCAGUUAUGUCUUGGUGACAGUGCUUCACAUGCUUUUGUUAUCUAACACUGCUGAAGAUCUCAAAACCAAGGCACAAAGGAUCGCCUUUGUAGCAUAUGAUGUCCCUUGGUUUGAAAUGAACAAGACAAAUGCAGAUAUGCUCCGAAUGGUUGUGAAAACUUCCAACAAAGAGAUCCAUGUCACGGCAUACAGAGCUCCCAUCUUCCUUUUGAGCAGAGAGACAUUUGCAGGGUUCAGUAUCAACUGUAUAAAGGCGUUUGUGACACUUGUUCAAAUGAAGAGGCGUUUUGAGUGAGUUACUUACUUAAAAAGAAACAAUUUUAAAUGUUAUUAUUGUAAAUGUAAUAAAUAUAUUUCUUAAAGGC